AUGAGGCUCUGGAAGCGACUAAUGAGGCAGAGAGCCCUACCUGUAGCACCAUGUGUCGACCAACCUGUUGCACCAUGUGUCGACCAACCUGUUGCACCAUGUGUCGACCUACCUGUAGCACCAUGUGUCUACCUGCCUGUAGCACCAUGUGUCUACCUGCCUGUAGCACCAUGUGUCGACCUACCUGUAGCACCAUGUGUCUACCUGCCUGUAGCACCAUGUGUCGACCUACCUGUAGCACCAUGUGUCUACCUGCCUGUAGCACCAUGUGUCUACCUGCCUGUAGCACCAUGUGUCGACCUACCUGUAGCACCAUGUGUCUACCUGCCUGUAGCAUCAUGUGUCGACCUACCUGUUGCACCAUGUGUCGACCUACCUGUAGCAUCAUGUGUCGACCUACCUGUUGCACCAUGUGUCGACCUACCUGUUGCACCAUGUGUCGACCUACCUGUUGCACCAUGUGUCGACCUAUCUGUUGCACCAUGUGUCGACCUACCUGUUGCACCAUGUGUCGACCUAUCUGUUGCACCAUGUGUCGACCUACCUGUUGCACCAUGUGUCGACCUAUCUGUUGCACCAUGGGUCGACCUACCUGUUGCACCACGUGUCGACCUAUCUGUUGCACCAUGUGUCGACCUAUCUGUUGCACCAUGUGUCGACCUACCUGUUGCACCAUGUGUCGACCUAUCUGUUGCACCAUGUAUCGACCUACCUGUUGCACCAUGUGUCGACCUACCUGUUGCACCAUGUGUCGACCUAUAUGUUACACCAUGUGUCGACCUACCUGUUGCACCAUGUGUCGACCUAUCUGUUGCACCAUGUGUCGACCUACCUGUUGCACCAUGUGUCGACCUAUCUGUUGCACCAUGUGUCGACCUAUCUGUUGCACCAUGUGUCGACCUACCUGUUGCACCAUGUGUCGACCUAUCUGUUGCACCAUGUGUCGACCUACCUGUUGCACCAUGUGUCUACAUGCCUGUAGCACCAUGUGUCGACCAACCUGUUGCACCAUAUGUCGACCAACCUGUUGCACCAUGUGUCGACCUACCUGUAGCACCAUGUGUCGACCUACCUGUAGCACCAUGUGUCGACCUACCUGUUGCACCAUGUGUCGACCAACCUGUUGCACCAUGUGUCGACCUACCUGUUGCACCAUGUGUCGACCAACCUGUUGCACCAUGUGUCGACCUACCUGUUGCACCAUGUGUCGACCUACCUGAAGCACCAUGUGUCGACCUACCUGUUGCACCAUGUGUCGACCUAUCUGUAGCACCAUGUGUCGACCUACCUGUAGCACCAUGUGUCGACCUACCUGUUGCAUCAUGUGUCGACCUACCUGUUGCACCAUGUGUCGACCUACCUGUAGCACCAUGUGUCGACCAACCUGUUGCACCAUGUGUCGACCUACCUGUAGCACCAUGUGUCGACCUACCUGUUGCACCAUGUGUCGACCUACCUGUUGCAUCAUGUGUCGACCUACCUGAAGCACCAUGUGUCGACCUACCUGUUGCACCAUGUGUCGACCUACCUGUAGCACCAUGUGUCGACCUACCUGUAACACCAUGUGUCGACCUACCUGUAGCACCAUGUGUCGACCUAUCUGUUGCACCAUGUGUCGACCUACCUGUUGCACCAUGUGUCGACCUACCUGUAGCACCAUGUGUCGACCAACCUGUUGCAUCAUGUGUCGACCUACCUGUAGCACCAUGUGUCGACCUGUUGCAUCCUGUUGCACCAUGUGUCGACCUACCUGUUGCACCAUGUGUCGACCUACCUGUAGCACCAUGUGUCGACCUACCUGUAGCACCAUGUGUCGACCUACCUGUAGCACCAUGUGUCGACCUACCUGUAGCACCAUGUGUCGACCUACCUGUAGCACCAUGUGUCGACCUACCUGUAGCACCAUGUGUCGACCUACCUGUAGCACCAUGUGUCGACCUACCUGUAGCACCAUGUGUCGACCUACCUGUAGCACCAUGUGUCGACCUACCUGUAGCACCAUGUGUCGACCUACCUGUAGCACCAUGUGUCGACCUACCUGUAGCACCAUGUGUCGACCUACCUGUAGCACCAUGUGUCGACCAACCUGUAGCACCAUGUGUCGACCUACCUGUAGCACCAUGUGUCGACCUACCUGUAGCACCAUGUGUCGACCUACCUGUAGCACCAUGUGUCGACCUACCUGUAGCACCAUGUGUCGACCUACCUGUAGCACCAUGUGUCGACCAACCUGUAGCACCAUGUGUCGACCUACCUGUAGCACCAUGUGUCGACCUACCUGUUGCACCAUGUGUCGACCUACCUGUUGCACCAUCACCAUGUGUCGACCUACCUGUAGCACCAUGUGUCGACCUACCUGUAGCACCAUGUGUCGACCAACCUGUUGCACCAUGUGUCGACCAACCUGUUGCACCAUGUGUCGACCUACCUGUAGCACCAUGUGUCGACCUACCUGUAGCACCAUGUGUCGACCUACCUGUUGCACCAUGUGUCGACCAACCUGUUGCACCAUGUGUCGACCAACCUGUUGCACCAUGUGUCGACCUACCUGUAGCACCAUGUGUCGACCUACCUGUUGCACCAUGUGUCGACCUACCUGUUGCAUCAUGUGUCGACCUACCUGAAGCACCAUGUGUCGACCUACCUGUUGCACCAUGUGUCGACCUACCUGUAGCACCAUGUGUCGACCUACCUGUAACACCAUGUGUCGACAUACCUGUAGCACCAUGUGUCGACCUAUCUGUUGCACCAUGUGUCGACCUACCUGUUGCACCAUGUGUCGACCUACCUGUAGCACCAUGUGUCGACCAACCUGUUGCAUCAUGUGUCGACCUACCUGUAGCACCAUGGGUCGACCUACCUGUUGCACCAUGUGUCGACCUAUCUGUUGCACCAUGUGUCGACCUACCUGUUGCACCAUGUGUCGACCUACCUGUAGCACCAUGUGUCGACCAACCUGUUGCAUCAUGUGUCGACCUACCUGUAGCACCAUGGGUCGACCUACCUGUUGCACCAUGUGUCGACCUACCUGAAGCACCAUGUGUCGACCUACCUGUAGCACCAUGUGUCGACCUAUCUGUAGCACCAUGUGUCGACCAACCUGUUGCACCAUGUGUCGACCUACCUGUAGCACCAUGUGUCGACCUACCUGUAGCACCAUGUGUCGACCUACCUGUAGCAUCAUGUGUCGACCUACCUGUAGCACCAUGUGUCGACCAACCUGUUGCACCAUAUGUCGACCAACCUGUUGCACCAUGUGUCGACCUACCUGUAGCACCAUGUGUCGACCUACCUGUAGCACCAUGUGUCGACCUACCUGUAGCACCAUGUGUCGACCAACCUUUUGCACCAUGUGUCGACCAACCUGUUGCACCAUGUGUCGACCUACCUGUAGCACCAUGUGUCGACCUACCUGUUGCACCAUGUGUCGACCAACCUGUUGCACCAUGUGUCGACCAACCUGUUGCACCAUGUGUCGACCUACCUGUAGCACCAUGUGUCGACCUACCUGUAGCACCAUGUGUCGACCUACCUGUAGCACCAUGUGUCGACCAACCUGUUGCACCAUGUGUCGACCAACCUGUUGCACCAUGUGUCGACCUACCUGUAGCACCAUGUGUCGACCUACCUGUAGCACCAUGUGUCGACCUACCUGUUGCACCAUGUGUCGACCAACCUGUUGCACCAUGUGUCGACCAACCUGUUGCACCAUGUGUCGACCAACCUGUAGCACCAUGUGUCGACCAACCUGUUGCACCAUGUGUCGACCAACCUGUAGCACCAUGUGUCGACCAACCUGUAGCACCAUGUGUCGACCUACCUGUAGCAUCAUGUGUCGACCUACCUGUAGCACCAUGUGUCGACCUUGUGGCUUACUCUAACACCUCGAGCGGCUGGUCCCAACAGACCGCUGGAACACACUCCCCCGCACUCCUCAGCGAGCGGCUGGUCCCAACAGACCGCUGGAACACACUCUCCCGCACUCCUCUGCGAGCGGCUGGUCCCAACAGACCGCUGGAACACACUCUCCCGCACUCCUCUGCGAGCGGCUGGUCCCAACAGACCGCUGGAACACACUCUCCCGCACUCUGCGAGCGGCUGGUCCCAACAGACCGCUGGAACACACUCUCCCGCAAUUACUGUGAUUAA